AUGGGUGAUACAACACCAAUAAUACAGUCAAGCAAUGUGGACAAGGCAAUCACCUAUGACCACAGCCACCCAUAUCAUCUUAAUAACUCUGAUUCACCUGGAAUGGCUCUAGUCAACAAUGUGUUUGAUGGUAGAGGAUACUCAGAACAGAGAUUUGGCAAAUCAAAUGGUGCUAAACUAUAUCAUUUACAAAAGGAAUUAUCAAGUCUGGUUCAAGGAAAUAGUGACAUUGCUAGGUACUUUACCAAGCUCAAAAGACUAUGGGAUGAAUUGGAUGCACUGAAUGUUGUUAUUUCUUGCUCAUGUGCAUGUGUGUGUGAAGGGAAGUCCAACCUGAUGAAAUCCUUAGAGGACCAGAGGUUGAUACAAUUUUUGAUGGGAUUAAAUGAUAUAUACACACAAGCAAGAGGAAACAUUCUUAUGAUGAACCCUUUACCCAGCAUGGAUCUUGCAUACUCUUUACUUUUGCAAGAUGAAAAUCAGAGAGAAAUGUAUACCAAUUCUAAUCAUACUACUGAAUCUGCCUCUUUUAUGGUAACUUCACAAGGCAGGGGUUAUCAGAGGAAUGGAAACCAGGUUUUUAAAACACCAAAUCAAGCACAUCAUAAACUUGGAAACAACACACAGAGGAACAGCAAAGGAUUUUCAAAAUACAAGCCUAGAAAGGCAAAAUACAACCCAAAUGUGAGCUGCACAUAUUGUGGGAAAACAGGUCAUGUAGAGGAUGAUUGUUACAGACUUCAUGGUUUUCCUGAAGACUUUGAGUUUACAAAAACCAAAUCCUAUCAAGGGAAAGCAAAUGGAGCAGUUGCUGAGGAAGAAUUUGAGUUUGCUAACAACACAAGAGUAGAAGCAUGUAAAGACAAUCAGAACAACCAUACUCCAUACAGCAAUCAACACAACCAUGUUUCAUACAUGAGCAAGGAUCAAUAUGCAGAAUUGGUGCAACAAGUUAUUAAGGAAGUAAAGAUGGGACAAACAGGAAGUUCAAACAGUACAAAUGGUGGUUUCAAUGCAGGAGCAAUUGCUGGUGCAUCAGAGCACAUGUGUUUUGAUUCUAAAUCUUUUAUGUCUUUGUCUCCUCUUCCUGUUCCUAUCAGCAUCACCUUGCCUAAUUCUUUCAGGAUCAUUGUGACUCAUGCAGGAAGUGAUUUUUUGAUCAUGAUUGAGAGGCAGUUCAAUGAUAAAGUGAAGGUUAUCAGGUCUGAUAAUGCUCUAGAAUUGGGAAAAGGCACACAAGAGGCUCUUUUUCUAAAGUCUCAAGGAAUAAUAAUACAUCAAACAUCAUGUGUAGGAACACCACAACAGAAUGGUGUAGUGGAAAGAAAGCAUAGACAUCUCCUAGAGAUUGCAAGGGGUCUGAUGUUUCAAUCUCACUUGCCUAACUCAUUUUGGGGGGAAUGUAUUUUGACAGCAACAUACCUCAUUAACAGGUUUCCUUCCAGAGCACUAAAAGGAAAAACUCCUUAUGAGAUUCUUUUUGGCAACAAACCAAAAUAUGACAAUUUGAGGUGUUUUGGGUGUUUGUGCUAUGCUUCAACCUUGGCGCAACACAGGACAAAGUUUGAGCCUAGGGCUAUGGCUUGUGUUUUCUUAGGCUAUCCUCAAGGACAGAAAGGUUAUAAAUUAAUGGAUUUGAGCACAAAGAGAAUUUUUAUUUCCAGAGAUGUUCAGUUUUUGAGCAACGAUUUCCAUUUGCCUCUAGUAUAA